GGAGGAGGGUGGGUGGAUGGGAGCCCAGAAGCUUGAGGUCUGUUUCUCUUCCCUCGCCCGGAAUUGCUUCAGUGCACCCCGGGGCAGCAUCCGUCCGCUCCGUGGGUGCUUCCCGUGAGCGUGCUUUUCCUUUGGCGUCCCCUCCCUUUCCCCGUUUGUACGUGUUAGUCGUCUCCUCUCUCCUUUCACUUGUGGCGCCCCACACCGUCAUUUUUCUCCAGGUCUCUUUUGUGCUAACCCCCCCUUGCGAGGACUAGGAGAUGGCAUUUAGUUUUCUUGGGGAGACCAACAGAAACAUGACCGUAAGGAGGCACCCAGAGAAGUGCAAGAGCAAAAGAAGCAAUAUAUGAUAUUGUCCCGUGACAUAUUCCAGCCUCCCAGCUGUUCACGGCUGGGGGAUCUUUCUGAGCUGGAUGUGGUUUCCAGGUAUUUAGUGGUCUUCGGCUGUUUGUCCUUCAUGAACGUGUCCUUCUCUUGAGUCUGUGUAAACUCUUCAUUUACAGAACAUUCUUUGGGUAUGAGUGAUCUACAUGAAGGCGAUGUGCGAUGAACUGGUUCCUUUUAGCCUGACUCACUGGGUUUGUUUGAUAACCUCGUGUUCCAGUAUUAGAAAAGAAGGGGCAGCAGACCUGCGACAGAGAAAGAAGCAAAACUGCACAGAAUCUGACAAAAUGGCUCCAGAGGAGAGAAACAAAGAAAACUCAAAACUGGGAAGAUCGCCAAAAUAUAUGUUAAUUCAGCGUUUUGCGAAACUUUUCUUUGGCUGUCUUGCGGCAGUCACUAGUGGAAUGAUGUAUGCUGUGUACCUCUCAACAUAUCAUGAACGGAAAUUCUGGUUUUCCAGCAGGCAGGAACUUGAACGAGAAAUUACAUUUCAGGGUGACAGCGCCAUUUAUUACUCAUUCUAUAAAGAACUGCUAAAGGCUCCUUCCUUUGAAAGAGGUGUUUAUGAGUUGACACACAACAAUAAGACAGUAUCACUGAAGACGAUAAAUGCAGUCCAGCAAAUGACUUUGUACCCAGAGUUGAUUGCCAGUGUUUUAUAUCAAGCAUCUGGUAGCGAAGAAGUUAUUGAGCCAGUGUAUUUCUACAUUGGUAUAGUUUUUGGACUGCAGGGAAUUUAUGUGACUGCAUUGUUUGUAACCAGUUGGGUUAUGAGUGGGACUUGGCUGGCAGGAAUGCUGACUGUAGCAUGGUUCAUUAUUAACAGGACAGAUACAACAAGAAUUGAUUACUCCAUACCAUCAAGGGAAAAUUGGGCUUUGCCAUAUUUUGCAUGUCAAGUAGCAGCUCUCACAGGCUAUUUAAAAAAAAACCUAAAUUGUUCUGCUGAGAAGUUUUGUUACCUUUUGGUGAGUGCUUCAACAUAUACCUUCAUGAUGAUGUGGGAAUACAGUCAUUAUCUCCUGUUUGUCCAGGCUGUUUCUCUUUUUCUUCUAGACAGCUUUACCCUGGCACAGACAGAGAAGGUGCAUGAAGUAUACAAAAUCUACUUGUUUUCUCUCUUCUUGGGGUACCUUUUGCAGUUUGAAAAUUCAGCCUUACUAGUGUCGCCAUUACUGAGUCUUGUAGCAGCUUUAAUGCUUUCUAAAUGCCUUCAGAUGAAUAUGAAAAAAGGUACAUUUAUGUCAAGAUUGCUGAAAAUAAUGUACAUUUACUUGGUAUUUACGAUAACAGUGACGCUAAACUUCUUACUAAAGAUGUUUGUUCCUCAUAAAGAAAAUGAGCAUUUAUUGAAGUUCAUUGAAGUAAAACUUGGCUUAAACACAACUAAGAAUUUUACAAUGAAUUGGCUCCUUUGUCAAGAAUCUCUUCAGGCACCCUCCCAAGACUUUUUUUUGCGACUAACACAGUCAUCACUAUUGCCUUUCUAUGUUUUAGUAUUAAUUAUCUGCCUUUUUUCUGUAACUCAGGUCAUUUUUAGCAGAAUUUGUGGUGAACCACUGAAAGAGACAGUUAAACUUGAGGAUGGUCGAAUUGGAGAGAGGCCAGAAAUAGUUUAUCAUGUAAUUCACACAAUUUUACUUGGUUGUCUAGCGAUGUGUUUGGAAGGAAUGAAAUAUCUAUGGACACCUUAUGUUUGCAUGCUUGCUGCAUUUGGUGUGUGCUCUCCCGAACUUUGGAUGACACUUUUCAAGUGGCUUCGACUGAAAGCUGUGCACCCGAUAUUGCUGGCUCUUAUUCUGAGUAUGGCAGUUCCCACAAUAAUUGGAUUCAGCUUGUGGAAAGAGUUCUUCCCUAGGAUAAUGACAGAGCUUUCAGAACUACAAGAAUUCUAUGAUCCUGAUACAGUAGAACUCAUGACAUGGAUAAAACGACAGGCUCCUGUGGCUGCUGUGUUUGCAGGCAGCCCGCAGUUAAUGGGUGUGAUUAAGCUUUGUACCGGAUGGAUGGUGUCGAGCUUGCCUUUAUAUAAUGAUGAUGAUCUUCUAAAAAGAAAUGAAAAUAUUUAUCAGAUCUAUUCAAAGAGGUCGGCAGAGGAUAUUUAUAAAAUACUCACAUCUUACAAAGCCAAUUUUCUGGUUAUUGAAGAUUCAAUUUGCAAUGAAGUCGGACCUGUAAGAGGAUGUAGAGUUAAAGAUCUAUUGGAUGUUGCUAAUGGUCAUGUGGUUUGUGAGGAAGGCGACAGUUAUGCCUACUCAAAAUAUGGACGAUUUUGUCAUGAAAUCAAAAUGAACUAUUCUCCAUAUGUGAAUUAUUUUACUCGAGUAUACUGGAACAGAUCCUACUUUGUAUAUAGAAUCAACACUGUGAUAUCCUUCCAGUCAUGAAAAAGCUUACAAGCUUCUUUCUGAGGAUUGAUUGUGAAUGAAAUUCAGUUGGAAAAGUUCCUUUUGAUCAAGGAAGUUAUUUUUGCAGAUACAUGUGCGCACGUGCAGUGUAUUGACAUUUUUAUUUUACCAAACUGGAAUUCCUUGAACUACAGAUCAACGGACACAGAUACCAUUCUUGAAGGAAACGGGAAAAAUUGUCAAUUUUAAGUCUCUACAGAGUGCGACAGUCUUCCACGUUUUUGCAUUUUUCUUCCCAUUAUGAAUCAUCUUGAUCUUCAUGUAAAUGAGAUUUCUAACCUUAGUGUUGGAGAACUGAUGUGGGUAGACUUCAGUAAAUGCAGAAAAAUGAAUUAAAGAGCUCAUUUAAGUCAUAUAGCUUGUAUUUCCUAGCAAGAAUGCAAUUAGUACCCCGAGUCUAUUCAAGUAAGUGUUUGGGUUUUUUGGUUUUCUGUUGUUUUAAUUCUUCCUGUCUUCCACUAUAAACACUACUAUGUUUAUCAAACACACAUUCAUACAUCUUAUAUGUAGCUGUAGUGUUUGUAUAAGUCAAUUAAGGAAGAUUUUAUUUAAACCACACUUUCAUAGAUUAUGGCACUGAUCUCUACAUUGUUGGAGACAUGUUGGUGGAAGUGCUUGGACUUAGACCUAGCAGUAGGAGUUGACAAGGUCAGAUCUUCAGUUUGGAAAGAACUUGUCGUCAGGAUUUUUCCGUGCGUAAAUGUCUCUGUUUGUAUGCAUAUGUGUGUCUUAGCAGCCAUCAGAAAGGGCCAGUAUACAACAGUACACUGUAUAUUUCUUUUUAGACAAGUGUCGCAGAGCAACUAGGUUUGCUGCUGAGACUUCUGCACUUCUGUUUCACCCCCUCUGUGUGCGUGCUGGUAUAUAUGUGUGUGCCUGGGGAGGGAUGGGUGAUACUCAUUUCAUUCAACUUAUUAUGUGAUAGUUAUAUUAAGAUAGUGCCAUAACUGUAAUUUAAAGUGCUAUAAUCGCCACCAUUAAUAAUGGUACAGUUGUUCAUAGCUAUUUUUAUAUCAAUUAUGCAACUACACUGAGAUCUUUGAGAAAGUACUCUGCAAUCUUCCCUCUAAAAUUAGUCUUCCUUAUGUGACCCCCGUUGCCUCUACAACUGUUUUUCUUAACAAAUUGUCUGUUCUUACUUCCUGUUUAUUGCUGGCUGAUAAACUUUCAAGAUGCUUUAAUUCCAACUCUGGGCCUAAUCCUGGUGUUGUGAAUGGGAAGUCCAAUAAAAGGUAACUUUGCUUACGUAGGUGUAACUAGACAAAAAGCCAGGAUGCAAGUUUUGGAAGAAGUUAUUCACCCAUUAGGAGUUACCUGCAGUUAUGGGUCCUUGUACCACCUGGCCCAGAGCCCAGUCUAUCAGGUGUGUGGGAAUGAUUCUUUGGAGCCCAGAUUCUUUAGUGAAGGAUCUGGCAUAAUAGGAUGAACCUGCAACUGAAAAAUCUGCAAACCAUUCUGCAAAUGAAAGCUGCAAAACGAUCCUUACUGCGCUUGUUGAUAAAAUGCAAAUUCAGAGAUUUUAACUCUGAAAUUAUUGGGAACUGCAGCAUGUUGGUGUAUAGCGGGAUUCCUAUCUGCUCUAUGCAGAUACAUUUGCUUACUUUACCCUGACAGGUAGCGCUGAGCCUUCUAAAAACCUAUUAUCACUACUGGAGUGAUUUAAAAGAAAAAAGCUGUCUUGUUGUAAAAGUCAACAUGUCUGUAAUCUAUUUUUUUACUUUCAGUUAUAUUUUUAGGCCUAUGAGUCUCGACAAGAUGUUAAAUUAUCCAUUUUAUUUUAAAUCAACGUUCAGAUAAAUACAUUGAAUAUACUGGAUGCGAUCACUGAGAGAAACAUUUACCAGUAUAACUGAGUUACAAAUUAAAAGCAAAUAUCCUUUCUGGGGAUACAGUUGUUGUGCUGAGGAUAACGUGUAUGGGUGUCUCCGGUCAAAUGCGGUCUGUGUUGAUUUGCUUGUGCACAAGUGUGUGUGUUUCACUGCACUGGACUCUUUCAGACUUCAGUUUCUCUAUAACAACAAAAGCGAGUGUGUUAACUUGAGCUAUGACAGGCCUGCAGGAACCUUCUCUGUACAUGCUAGUAUGGAUGUAAUACUUGGAAAGAAGUUUAGAGUUCCUUUAUUAACAAUUUAAGUUUGUUUGAGUCGCUGUCAAGGAAUUACAUCUCUUGUGCAUCGGUCAUUUACUCGCCUGAAGUGAAUCAUUCACGAAUACCAUCUCAUCACAGCAAUAAGGCAUUCCAGGUAGCAAACUUCAGGAUUGCAACUGCACUUGGGUGGAUGAAGUCGCAUCUCUUACGGCUUCAUGCCUUAGACUGCCAUGCCAAGAUGCAGUAUUUAACUGUCCUUGACUACCUGUUGUGUUUUACCGCCAUGCUGUAUGUAUGUGUUACCACGUAGAACGUAGUUUGAAUACAUACAUGUAGAGCACACAUGUUAAAAACACAAACGAGGCCAUCCAUACACCUAAAGAAAGCUAUAUUGUCGCACGUUGGCCUUCAUCAUGUUUGGUUAAACAUGUGUAAACUUCAUUGGAACUGUGACAUAGUUGUCGUUGUUAGUUUUGUCAUAGUUUUUAAGAUGUAUUCUUGAUACUUCAAUUGAUUCUGCUUUAGGAGAAUCAUUUAAGAUUUUUACCUUGCUUUUUAUAUUAGAGAAAAUCGUAUUGCAGCACCAUUGGCACAGCAGCCUUAAGUAGCAGGAGCCUCUUUGUGGGAGAAAAAUUGCUCUUGUUCCAGUAAAAAAGCAUUGUUUUUAAAAUGAGUGACUGAAAGAGUCGUAUCUUACAAAGCAAAUUAUAAGCUUGAAUUUCUUACCCACCUAUGGAUUAGCAAAAAUAUUAUUGUCUAUUCUAAUCUGCACCUUCUGUGAGAAAGAAACAGUAAGUUUCGUGAUACCCCUCAGAAGGGCAACAAUAGGGCGUGAUUACAUCGUACUUGUACAUGCAAUCCUAGCUUGGUUUUCAACCAGGUCACAGGUUUAACUCCCUGAAAGAGCUGGGGGAAUGUUUGGCAAAAUUUUGAUCUGUUUUGCUG